GUACAUGUUGGUUCGAACAAAACAACUCUAUCCAUCAUAUUACCCUUUUGGCCCUGUCAUUGGGAUGGGUCAGCCUGUUCCUUGUUAUCUGUGUGGAGCAGGGACGGCUUUAGGCCCAUUUGCCCGAUUCCUCCGAAUUGGGCCCCGCGCCUGAGAGGGCCCCGCGCCGGCAGCGUCUCUCCUGGAUGGAAAGCUCUGCGUCUCCCGGAAGCAGCAGCUGUUGUUGCUAGGCAACGAGAGACGCUGGCCGGCAGAGGCAGCCGAGUGGGUGUUGCAGGUCAGAAGGGGGGAGGAGGGAGAAGGCACAUGUGCUUUGCAGCCUUCCUCCCCUCCCCUCCCUCCAGCACUCACCUGGAGGAGACACCGAGGGAGCUUCUGGUCUGGUGGGAGACAGGAAUCUCUGCAGUGGACCUCACUCACCUGAGCAGCUGCUGGGGCUUCCAGCGCCACACAGACCCUGCUCCUUCAGGCUCGUCCUCACAGAGAGAGCUGAUGUCCAUGUGAAGCACCAGUGACCCUCCCCACCAGCACAGGGGCUGAUUGCCAGACGAGAGCCCUAGUGGUAAAUUUUUCACCACAACCUCCAGGACUCUGAUUUUACAGGUAGGCCCCUUCCGACUGAACAAAGAGCAGGAGUCAAUUCCAGAAAGGGAAACACCGCCUCGCUGCUUCAGGCGGGGCAUAGUGUGAAUUCAGGAAUUUGAAACAAAGCCUGUUACAAACUGCCCAGAGGGAGCCAUGGCUGCAGAGAACCCCGUGGAAAGUUUCCAAGAGAAAGCGACAUGUCCCGUCUGUCUGGAGUAUUUCACAGAACCUGUCACUCUGGAGUGUGGACACAAUUUCUGCCGAGCCUGCAUCGCCCAGUGCUGGGAGGGAUCCGAUACAGACAUCUCCUGCCCUCAGUGCAGACAAACUGUGCAACGGAGAAACCUCCGGCCCAACAGGCAGCUGGCAAACAUGGUAGAAAUCGCCAAGCGACUGAGUUUACAGGCAGCAAAGGGAAAAGGAGGGGACGGGGUUUGUGGGAAACACCAGGAGGCUCUGAAACUGUUCUGUGAAGAGGAUCAAACCCCCAUCUGUGUGGUGUGCGACAGAUCCCGGGCUCACCGCGCUCACAUGGUGGUUCCCAUCCAGGAGGCUGCCCAGGAGUACAAGCACAAAAUCCAGACCCAAUUGAAGACUCUGAGGAAAGAGCGAGAAAAGCUGCUGGGAUUGAAAGUGACCAGAGAGGGGAAAAGCCAGGAGUAUCUGAAACAAACACAAACCGAGAGGCAGAAGAUUGUGUCCAAAUUUCAGCAACUGCAGCAGUUCCUGAAGGAACAAGAGCGACUCCUGCUGGCCCAGCUGAAGAAGCUGGAUGAGGAGAUUGUGAGGAUCCGGAAUGAAAAUGUCAGUAAACUCUCCGAGCAGAUUUCCCAUCUCAGUGAGCUGAUCAGUGAGCUGGAGGGGAAGUGUCAGAAGCCAGCGAGUGAAUUCCUGCAGGAUGUCAGAAGCACCUUGAGCAGGUGUAAGAAGAGGAAGUUGCAGCAGCCAGAGGAGAUUUCUCCUGGACUGGAUGAGCGAGUCAGUGGUUUCUCCCAGAAAACUAUUGCGCUACUGGAGGCUCUGAGGAAAUUCACAGACACUCUGCCGUCUGCACUGGAGAGAAAAAGAGGGGAACCACUCGGAGCACACAGACAGGCGAAUGUGACUCUGGAUCCAGACACGGCAAAUCCCAACCUCGUCCUGUCUGAGGAUUGGAAAAGUGUGAGAUGGGGAGACACACGGCAGGAUCUGCCCGACAACCCUGAGAGAUUUUACCCUUGGAACUGUGUGCUGGGCUGUGAGGGAUUCACCUCGGGGAGACAUUGCUGGGAGGUGGAGGUGGGGGCUGGGGGAUACUGGGCUGUGGGGGUGGCCAGAGAGUCUGUGAGGAGGAAGGGAGGGAUCAGCUUCAGCCCUGAGGGGGGGAUCUGGGCUGUGGGGCGGUGGGGGAAUCAGUUCCGGGCUCUCAGCUCCCCUGUGACCCCACUGCCCCUGAGCUGGGCCCCCAGCAGGAUCCGGGUUUGUCUGGACUGUGACCGGGGGCAGGUGACAUUUAUCGAAGUUGGUGACGAGGCCCCGAUCUUCACUUUCCCGCCGGGCUCCGUCCCUGGGGAGAGAAUCCGACCCUGGCUCUGGGUGGGGGGAUCCCGGCUCAGCCUGUGUCCCUGAGACACGCAGGGGAGGGGCAGGGGGAAUAUCUCACUGGGAGCCCGGAGAUCAGUCUCUCUAGCCUCACACACCCUUGUCUCUGUGACCUCUCCCUGUGGACUUUCUAUCAUCCCGUCUCUAUGACCCUGGAGGCUGCUGCAUGGCAGAGAAGCCAAUCCCAUCACUGACCCAGGGACUGUGCAGCCUGUUUGCAACUGUCAUCUAUGAUCCAGGAGGACUCUGGGGAUCCUGGGUCAGACAGUGCCACUGAGACAUGCAGGGGGGGAGGGGGGGAACAGCCCACUGGGAAUGGAAAAAUGGGUUUCUCUAGCCAAGUAAUCCUAGCCCCUGUGGCCUGGAGGACUCCUGUCUACCCAACCUCUGGCCUCUUAGCUCUAUGACCCCUGGAAACUCCUCCACUUCCCUCCCUGCAGCACCAGGUA